AAAUAUAAAAUGUGGCAAAACAAUAGGAGAAACAAUAAAUAAUUUCGAAUUUCAAGAUGAUAAAUCUUCUACUUCUUCUUCUUCUCUUUAUGACUGGUUGGAAGAUGAUAAAAAAUCUAUCAAUCAUGUCUUAGAAGAAUCAAUAAAUUGCAUAGAUAUUAAAAAUAAUUACAAUGAUUUUCUAAGUGACUCAUCAAUAGAUGAAAUUCAGAUUAAUACAGAUAAUUUUUUUGAAAAUAAAAAAUCUAAAAAUUUUAAUAAAGUAAUGGCACGUUGGGUAUGUAGUUAUGGUAUAACCCAUGAAGCAACCGGCGCUCUUCUAAAAAUAUUAAAAAAUGUAGAAUUAGAUGAAUUACGCAAUUUGCCUUUAGAUCCACGAACUUUACUUGGAACCCCAAAAUCAACAAUAAUUCGUAGUGUACCACCAGGUGAAUAUUUUCACUAUGGUUUAAAAAAUGCCUUGCUUGAUCAAUUGAAAAUUAUUGAUAUCGACAGAAUAUCUACUAAUAUUCAGAUAAAUAUAAAUAUUGAUGGGUUGCCAAUAGCCAAAAGUUCAAAAAGUCAACUUUAUCCCAUUCUGGGAGAAAUGUAUCCAAAAAUUGCUGAGCCAUUUGUAAUUGGAGCUUAUCAUGGAAAUGAGAAACCUAAUUCCUGUAAUACAUUUCUGAGAGAAUUUAUUGAUGAAUAUAACGUUUUACAUCAGAGUGGAUUUUAUUAUUGCAACCAAAAAUUCACAAUUACAAUUAGAGCUGUAAUUUGUGACAGUCCAGCACGGUCUUUUGUUACAUGCACAAAAAGUCACAAUGGUUACUUUGGAUGUGGAAAAUGUAGAGAAGAGGGAAAUUAUAAUAAUCAUCGUAUGUUAUUUUUGAAUUCAAAUGCGGCUUUAAGAAUAGAUGAAAACUUUAUCCAACGUAUUGAUGAAGAGCAUCAUUUUGGAACAUCACCGUUUGAAGAAACAGGUUUAGGGAUGGUUUCGCAAUUCCCACUUGAUUACAUGCAUCUGAUUUGCCUCGGAGUUGUAAAAAAAAUCUUACAAACUUUUACACAUGGCUCUCAUAAACAAAAGUUUUCUGCUAAAAUGAUCAAAGAAAUAUCUGCAAAUUUAAAAACAAUAGCCAAAUGGAUUCCAUCUGAAUUUGCAAGAAAAACUCGUGAAUUAGAAAAUUUGGAUCGAUGGAAAGCGACUGAAUUAAGAUUAUUUUUAUUGUAUGUAGGUCCAGUUGCUCUACAAAAUUAUUUACCAAAGAAAUAUUUGAUCCAUUUUAUUUCAUUACAUUGUGCAAUCAGGAUUCUUUGUCACGAAACAGAUUGCAAAAGAAAUAAUAAAUAUGCGAAAGAUUUAUUGAAUUAUUUUGUGGAAAAAUGUAUUGAAUUGUUUGGUACUAAUUUUUUGAUAUAUAAUACCCACAAUUUAAUUCAUUUAGCCGAUGAUGUUUUAAAAUUUGGUCAUCUCGAUUCAUUCAGUGCUUUUUCAUUUGAGAGUUAUUUAUAUAAUAUUAAAAAAAAACUUAAAAAAGCAGAAAAACCUUUACAACAGCUACACAAUCGAAUUGUAGAACAUGUUGCAUGUAAUUUAAAAAAAAAGAUUAUUUUUUUCGAGAAACCUAAAGUGAUGUGUAAAAAUAAUAAAAAAUCCGAGGAACUUGGUAUUGCUUCAUAUAAUACUAUACAUUACAAUAAAUUUACACUAUCAACAAUAAAUAAAGCGGAUCAGUUUUGUUAUUUGCAAGAUGACACUAUUGUACGCGUUAAAAAUAUUUGUUUAAAUAAUGACAAUCCUAUUUUAAUUGGAGAAUCAUUGAUAAAUCCUAUAGGAUUUCCAAAUUAUCCUAUUGAUUCUAAGGAGUUUGAUAUUGUAAUCGGGAAUCAAUGGUCUCAUUCAACAAAUUUUGAUGCAAAUAAUGUUACCAGAAAAGCUGUAUGUAUCCCAUAUAAGAAAUCAUAUUGUUUCUUGCCUUUGCUACAUUCAUAUAAUUAAAACGAUUAUUUUAUUUCCAAUUCAUAAUAUA